UAAAACAAACGGGCAAAAUAUGCACUCUACCAUCCCCAAAUUACCAGCAAAAGCAAAGCACGGGGUUUCUGCGGGGGGGAGAGAGAGAGGAAGAUCAAACUCAUAACAAGCGAUUACUUGUAAAUCUGCUAAGUUUCCAAGAUGAGUACCAUGAAGUUUUGUCGGGAAUGUAACAACAUAUUGUACCCGAGGGAAGACAAGGAACAGAAAAUCCUCCUCUAUGCGUGUCGCAAUUGUGAUCAUCAGAAAAAUGGUUCGUACACGGAAGGUAGAUCUUUGAGGCCUUGGGCACCAUGCUUUUGGAACGGAAAUGAGAUACACCAUUCUGCUGGGGAGCGCACCCAGGUCUUGCAGGACGUAGCUGCAGAUCCUACUCUUCCCCGUACAAAAGCAGUUCGUUGUUCCAAUUGUGGUCAUGGAGAAGCUGUUUUCUUUCAGGCAACGGCUAGGGGAGAAGAAGGCAUGACUCUGUUCUUCGUUUGCUGCAACCCAAACUGUGGUCACCGCUGGAGGGAUUGAAAUUGUAAACGGUGAAAACCUACUCUUGAUAACUUGGGCAACAUCAACUUGGAAAUAUUAUGUGGAUGGUUAAUGGGAAAUGUUAAAUAUUAUGGAAAUCGUUGUCAUUGUUACUGAAGCUAUUCGACUUACCUUUCUUUGAAUUGAGCGUUUUCUAGAAAAUAUUGUUAUUUUGUCUCUAAACAUCAUAGCAAUGCACCUUACACCAAGGAGUUAAAUGUUUUAUCGGUCACUUUAACUUGUAUCUACAUCACAUCUUACUUAUUGAAAUUUAAAAUGCUUUGCAGUGGUCUUUAAA